CUCUUCCUUACAUCCAUACAUAUCCCCAUGAUGGCGCCCACAACCCGCUCAAAACAGUCUACUCCUGUACUUGAACCUGAGGAAUCCACAUCCACAUCUACCGCCACCUCUCUCGGCCCCGGGGAGGGAGAGCUCAAGCAGCGCGCCAGGGAAGGAAGUAGGUCCAGGACGAGAGACGAAGUUUGGGAUCCAAAGUAUGCGGUUGAUUUGGCGACUACCACCGUGGACGAAAAUGUAUUUCUCUUCGUCCCCAACCUGAUCGGCUACACCCGCGUCAUCACGGCCGCCGCUUCCUUAUUCUUCAUGCCUUACCACCCCAAAGCAUGUACUAUGCUCUACUCCGUCUCGUGUAUGCUUGAUGUAGUCGAUGGCCAAGCCGCAAGGGCUUUGGGACAAACUAGCAGAUUUGGAGCUGUUUUGGAUAUGGUGACUGAUCGAUGCACCACUGCCUGCCUGUUGUGCUUCCUCUCAAGCGUGUACCCCACUUAUUCUAUGCUUUUCAUGUUCCUCAUCACCCUUGACUUCUCCUCUCAUUACAUUCACAUGUACUCGUCUCUCACCACGGGAUCAUCUAGCCACAAGACUGUCACCUCUGAUGUCUCCCGUAUCCUCUGGUACUAUUACAACGAUUCCCGUACUCUCUUCGUCUUCUGCUUCGCCAACGAACUCUUCUUCGUCUGCCUCUACCUCAACCACUACUGGACUACUCCCUUGAUGGCCAACUUUCCCAUUCCCACCGCUAUCCUAACCUCGGAGCUCACUGCCGCUCACCCCAAGUUGGUCGGCGGGGUGAUCAAUGUGUUGAGGAACUUGAAUUGGCCGCAAGUGGUGGCCGCUAUGACUUUCCCGAUUUGUGCGGGGAAGCAGAUUAUCAAUGUUGUGCAAUUCUGGAAGGCUAGCAAGAUCCUUGUUGGUGUCGACCUCGCCGAGAGACGAGCUGCUCGUGAACAGAAACUUGCAGCACAACUUCGAGGGCGGUAAAUUUUGCCUUUUUCAUAUUGUUACAAACCCACAAUCUCAUAAACUGUAAUAAGAUGAAAGGCAAGAGAGGGCUCUUUACACGCAAAAUGUUUGAAUUUCUUUUCCCCCUUAAGAAUAAGAGGGAAGUAAAUAAUUUAGCAUGAUAUGUAUGCUUUCGUACUUAAUUAUUUUUCUUCAUGUUCUGUUCUAAGCUGCAAGAGGGUAAGAGGGUCAGGCUUUUUAGUUGGUGAUGAAAGGAAUCUCUCGCC